CGGGAAGCUUGAGUUCUUGUUUUGUGGUAUUAAAGAUGCCAGGGCUGUCAGAAACAGAGCGUGCUGGAUGUACGAAGAUACUGAAGUUAAUGUCAAAAGAUGACUUAUUGUCACUUAGUGACACUGUCACGAAUAAGAUGAUAGCGGUGGAAAAUAAUAGAGAGGCUAUGGAAACAAUCCUGUCCUUCAGUAAAAAUGCCGAGGAACUCCUGCGAAGGAAGAAGGUUCAGCGUGACCUCAUUUUCAAGUACCUGGCCAAAGAGGGCGUGGUGAUGCCUCCCAACAGCGAGAAACAUCAGCUGGUGAAGAGGACGCUGGAGCUUUGGUCGUCAGGGAAGGCCGUGGUUGAUGAAGGCCUUCAAGGAGAGGUGGAUGAGACCAGACAGAGGCGGCCCACAGAGACACCAUCUGAUACCAUGGACUUGAAGGUUGAGAUGGGCUUUGACCCACAGGCCCUUGGCCAACAGUUCUGCCAGUGGUUCUUCAAGCUCUUGAACAGUCAGAACCCCUCACUGGGGCAACAGCCUCAGGACUGGGGACAACAGCACUUCUGGUCAGAUGCAAAGCUACGUCUACUCUCCAAAGCUGGCAGUGAACAGAUGGAUGAGUUCCUGGGUGCUGAACUGGUCAGCCUUCGUCUCCUAGCCUUGACCAAGGAAGAACGCCUCCUUCUCAGCCCCAACCUGGAGCCCCAUGGUCUCAGGACCCUUGCCUCCCCCCAUGGCUUGGUGCUGGUGGCCGUGGCUGGGACCAUCCACAGAGAUGCAGCCUGCCUAGGCGUCUUUGAGCAAAUAUUUGGCCUCAUCCGCUCCCCACUGGAAAAUAACAGCUGGAAAAUUAAAUUUGUCAACCUUAAGAUCAGAGGGCAGGAUGCUCUGGGCGGGACAGAGGUGGCAGCGCCUGCCUUGAGUUAUAACUCCAGUGAACUGCAGCUUCUCUGCAGUGGAUGACACUCUUUUCUUUCUUACUCUCUUGAUGCAUCACUCAUCUAACUCGACCAAACACAUUUGUUUUCAGAAACUGGGGCUAGCAGCUUUACUGGCACAAACCUGUCCUAACAUAUGUAUAGCUGCCAGGUCAGGUUGUACAGGUAGGUGGACACUGUUGCAUCUAAAUCUACUUUGGAGGCAUAUUGGUGAUGUAACAUAAAAACAUGACGGAUCUUGAGGAAAGGAUUCCUCAAGUCUCUGCUGCUUUUUGUCGGGGAAACUUUUUGCUUCAGAUAUACUGUACCUUGAUGCAAAACAUAUUGUGCUUUGGUGGUCUGUGCCUUUUGCAAGAUGAAAUAUAAAU